UGUAAUGGCUCCCGCACUAGAUUACGCUCACAAAAUGGCGGCGGCAGCGGAGCCUGAUCGCAAGAUGGCGGCCACACUAGAGCACGCUCACAAGAUGGCGGCGACAGCAGAGCACACUCACAAGAUGGCGGACACAACAGCAUCUAGUCAAGUCACGGUUGAUCAUCAUGAGUCAAGUCAAGUCACAGUUAAUUAUCAUGAGUCAAGUCUAGUCACAGCUGUUCUUCCUGAGUUCAGUCAAGCCACAGCUGAUAGUCAUGUGUCGAGUCUAGUCACAGUUGAUCGUCAUGAGUCAAGUCAAGUUACUGUUCAUUAUCAUGAGUCAAGUCAAGUCACAACUGAUCUUCAGGAGUCAGGUCAAGUCACAGUUGAUCAUCCUGAGGCAAGUCAGGUCACAGUUGAUCAUCCUGAGUCAAGUCAAGUCACAGCUGAUCUUCAUGAGUCAAGUCAAGUCGCAGUUGAUCGUCAUGAGUCCAGUCAAGUCUCAGCUGAGCUGCCAGAGCCUCGUUACAUCACAGCUGAUCUUCUAAAGUCUCGCCAUGUCUCAGCUGUUCGUCCAGAGUCACGUCACGCCUCAGUUAUUCAUCCAGAAUCACGUUGCAUCACAGCUGAUCAUCCAGAGUCAUGUCACGUCCCGUCUGUCACACCCAGAUUCUCAAAGUCAGCCCUUCGGUAUCCCAGUCUGGUAUCCAGUGUGAGGGAUGCACCGCUGGUGUCUUCACGCACCGCUGGUAUCCCCAAAAUCACUCACUCUAACCCUUCUAUUCAUGAACUCAUUCCCCUGUCUGCAGCACUUCCCAUAUGGGGGUCUCUGUCUGUUCUGUUCCGGCCAAGGAGGCCAUCUAUGAACUCUCCGCUCAUUCUGUUCCGGCCAAGGAGGCCGCAUAUGAACUCUCUGUCUGUUCUGUUCUGGCCAAGAAGGCCGCCUAUGGACUCUCUGCCUGUCCUGUUCCGGCCAAGGAGGCCGUCAAUGAACUCUUUGUCUGUUCUGUUCCGGCCAAGAAGGCCGCCUAUGGACUCUCUGUCUGCCAAGGAGGUCGUCUGGGAAUCCUCAUCCUGUCCUGUCACGGUUAUGAAGGCCGUUUGUGAACUUCUGUCCUGUCCCGACCCAGCCAAGGAGGCUGCCUCUGAAUGCGCAGCCUUGUCUAUCAACCCCAAUGUUCUGUCUGUGUUGUCUGUCUCUGCUCUCUCGUUGUUACAGUCUCCGCCAUGGUCUCCUGGUCGGUGUGGUUCACCGGGGGGGUUUCCUGUUCCUUCUGCUUGCACGAUUUGCACACUGCACUGA